AGAGGAGAUGCUGCUGCACACAGCUCAGACCGCCUGCAGCAGCAGCAACGCUCACCGCCACUGCGGCGACUGCAGCGAGGGGAGGCUCCAGGGACCGGCGUGGCCACAAUUCCCUGAGCGGUCCCCACGGAGCAACGACCCGGCAGACGCCCGCCUGGCUGCAAACGCCCUCUGGGAUUGCAGGCUCCCGGUGAGCUGCAGAAGCCGGUGGAGAAGAACCCGGAGCGCGUCGGUCUGCACCAGCCCGGGCACUGCCCUCUACAGGCUUCCGGCUCGCAGCUCCCAACCUCGGGCACCAUGGACACCUCCCGCGUAUGCAUGCUCCUGUCCUUGCCCGCGCUACUGCAGCUGGUAGCGGCCGGCAGCCCGCGGAGACCGGACACGAUGCCGCUGGGCUGCCCGUCACACUGUCAGUGUGAGCUGGAUGGCAGGAUGCUGCUCAGGGUGGACUGCUCUGACCUGGGGCUCUCGGAGCUGCCCUCCAACCUCAGCGUCUUCACCUCCUACCUGGACCUCAGUAUGAACAACAUCAGUCAGCUGCCCCCAAGUCUCCUACACAACCUCCGCUUCCUCGAAGAGCUGCGCCUUGCUGGAAAUGCUUUGACACACAUUCCCAAGGGAGCAUUCACAGGCCUUCACAGUCUUAAAGUUCUUAUGCUGCAGAAUAACCAGCUGAGACAGAUUCCUUCGGAAGCGCUGCAGAACUUGCGAAGCCUUCAAUCCCUACGUUUGGAUGCCAACCACAUCAGCUACGUGCCACCCAGCUGUUUCAGUGGCCUGCACUCCCUGAGGCACCUGUGGCUAGAUGACAAUGCUCUGACAGAAGUCCCUGUCCAGGCUUUCAGAAGUUUAUCAGCCCUGCAAGCCAUGACCUUAGCCCUGAACAAAAUACACCACAUAGCCGACUAUGCCUUUGGAAACCUCUCCAGCCUCGUGGUUCUGCAUCUCCAUAACAAUAGAAUCCACUCCCUGGGAAAGAAGUGCUUUGAUGGGCUCCACAGCCUGGAGACGUUAGACUUAAACUAUAAUAACCUUGAUGAAUUCCCCACUGCAAUCAAGACACUCUCCAACCUUAAAGAACUAGGAUUCCACAGCAACAACAUCAGGUCAAUACCUGAGAAAGCUUUCGUAGGCAACCCUUCUCUUAUCACCAUACAUUUCUAUGACAACCCCAUCCAAUUUGUUGGAAUAUCUGCUUUUCAACAUUUACCUGAACUAAGAACACUGACUUUGAAUGGUGCCUCACAAAUUACUGAAUUUCCUGAUUUAACUGGAACUGCCAACCUGGAAAGUCUGACUUUAACUGGAGCAAAGAUCUCAUCUCUUCCCCAGACCGUCUGUGAUCAGUUACCUAAUCUGCAAGUGCUAGAUCUGUCAUACAACCUGCUCGCAGGCCUACCCAGUUUGUCAGGAUGCCAAAAACUUCAGAAAAUUGACCUGCGCCAUAAUGAAAUCUAUGAAAUUAAAGGUGGCACUUUUCAGCAGCUGUUUAACCUCCGAUCUCUGAAUUUAGCGUGGAAUAAAAUCGCCAUUAUUCACCCCAGUGCAUUUUCUACACUGCCAUCUCUCCUAAAGCUGGACUUAUCAUCCAACCUCCUGUCGUCUUUCCCUGUAACUGGGCUGCAUGGUUUGACUCACUUAAAAUUAACAGGGAACCAUGCCUUACGGAGCCUGAUACCAUCAGCAAACUUCCCAGAGCUCAAGAUUAUAGAAAUGCCUUAUGCAUACCAGUGUUGUGCAUUUGGGGUGUGUGAAAGUGUCUAUAAAAUUUCUAAUCAAUGGAAUAAAGGUAACAACAGCAGUGUGGAUGACCUUCAUAAGAAAGAUGCUGGGUUAUUUCAAGUUCAAGAUGAGCGGGACCUUGAAGACUUCCUGCUUGACUUUGAGGAAGACCUGAAAGCCGCCCCUUCAGCACAGUGCUCACCUUCUCCAGGUCCCUUCAAGCCCUGUGAGCAACUAUUUGGUAGCUGGCUGAUCAGAAUCGGAGUGUGGACCACAGCAGUGGUGGCACUUUUCUGCAAUGCCUUGGUGACUUUGACAGUGUUCAGAGCCCCUCUGUACAUCUCUUCUAUAAAACUGUUAGUCGGGGCGAUUGCAGCAGCGAACAUGCUCAUGGGGGUCUCCAGUGCUGUGCUGGCUGGUGUGGACACAUUCACAUUUGGUAGUUUUGCUCAACAUGGUGCAUGGUGGGAGGAUGGCAUCGGCUGCCAAAUCGUUGGUUUCUUGUCUAUUUUUGCUUCGGAAUCGUCCGUCUUCCUGCUCACUCUGGCAGCACUGGAACGUGGGUUCUCGGUCAAGAGCCCUUCGAAGUUUGAAAUGAAAGCUCCCCUUUCUAGCUUGAAAGUGAUCGUUUUGCUGUGUAUGCUGUUGGCCCUGACCAUUGCCAUGGUCCCUGUGCUGGGAGGCAGUGAGUACAAUGGCUCCCCACUCUGCCUGCCCUUGCCCUUCGGGGAGCCCAGCACCACAGGCUACAUGGUGGCUCUCGUGUUGCUCAACUCCCUCUGCUUCCUCAUAAUGACCAUUGCCUACACCAAGCUCUAUUGCAAUCUGGAGAACCUUUGGGACUGCGCUAUGGUGAAACACAUUGCCCUGCUGCUCUUCACCAACUGUAUCCUUUACUGCCCCGUGGCGUUCCUGUCCUUCUCCUCUUUGCUAAACCUCACGUUCAUCAGUCCUGAAGUAAUUAAAUUUAUACUUCUAGUGAUUGUCCCACUCCCUGCAUGUCUCAAUCCCCUGUUCUACAUUGUCUUCAACCCCCAUUUUAAGGAGGAUAUGGGCAGCCUGGGAAAGCAAACUCAUUUCUGGACCAGAUCCAAACACCCAAGUCUGCUGUCCAUUGACUCCGAUGAUGUUGAGAAGAGGUCCUGUGACUCAACCCAAGCCUUGGUAGCCUUUACCCAUGCCAGCAUAGCCUAUGACUCCCCUUCCAAUUCAGGGUCACCACCAGCUUACCCAAUGACUGAAAGCUGUCACCUUUCUUCAGUAGCAUUUGUUCCGUGUCUCUAGUUAAUAUUCUGGAAGAAAGUUUUUAUAAGUUGGAAACCUGAAAAAAUGAUUUAUGUCAGAGGAGUAGCUUAAAAAAAAAA